AUGGCUCCCCGCGCUACUCCCCCAUCGUGGGCCGCUGCCGCCAAUCACCCCGGCGCGACUCCGGCGCGCUUCGUCUUCGUCGUGGCCUGCGCCGCCCUCUUGCUCCUUGCAACCGGCGCCGCGCUUCUGGCGCUCGCCGCCGCGAACCCCGCGGAUACCAUGGUUGCGAGUCGACGGGCUCUGCAAGCCGCACCCGGGUCGGAUGCCGCACCAGGAUCGGAGUCCGCGCCCGGUUCAACGCCCGCACAGCCCGCGCCCGGCUCAACGCCCGCGCAGCCCGCUCCCGGUUCAACGCCCUCACAGCCCGCGCCCGGCUCAACGCCCGCAGAGCCCGCGCCCGGUUCAACGCCCGCAGAGCCCGCGCCCGGCUCAACGUCCGCAGAGCCCGCGCCCGGUUCAACGCCCGCGCAGCCCGCGCCCGGCUCAACACCCGCGCAGCCCGCGCCCGGUUCAACGCCCGCGCAGCCCGCGCCCGGUUCAACGCCCGCGCAGCCCGCGCCCGGUUCGACGCCCGCAGAGCCCGCGCCCGGCUCAUCGCCCGCGCCCGGAUCGAAGCCCGCGCCCGGCGGGUCGAACACCCCACCCAACCUGGACACGUAUUACGACGACGAUUACAUGCAGGACUAUUCCCUAGAGGAGGUGAUCGCAGCCGCGUCGCCGUCCGGCUCGCCGCCCGCCGGCCCUCUCAAGGCGAUGAAACUCGCGAGCGGCAUAAAAUUCGCGGACGUAUCCAAGUCGUUCGACGUGCUGUAUUACCUCGCGAACGCCGCGUGCAAGUUCCCGAACGGGAAGACGAUUUUCCUGCCGACGAACCAGGCGUGGAGCGACGCGCUCGCCGGGUACAAGAAGACGCGGAGCAGCGGCGCGCUGUACGAGGCGUUGGAUGCGGUGGCGAGCGGUAACAAGGUGAAGGACGCGCUGGAUCGCGCGAAGAGCACGGCCAAGACGAAAGACCUCGCGACGCUCGCUGCCAAGGCGAAAGCGUGCAACGCGAAGACGACCAAGGCGCCGCCGAUGUCGGAAGCCGCGCGGACUGCUCUGCUGAACCUCAUGUCGUUCCACACGGCGGAAUCGAAGGUCACGGUUGUGAACCUCGACAACCAGUGUACCCCCACUGGCUACGCCAUCAAGACCGCGUUCAACGGUAACAAUCUGAACUUCAAGUGCGACACUAGCAACACGGGAAAGAUUUCCGGCGCCGACCCGCUCGCGUCCGGGGCUGCUGCGGGUACCUCGUCUGCUGCUGCAGCGAUCCAGGAGGCCCAGAAGGAUUAUUUCUAUGUCAACGCGCUUGUCUUCCCCAGCAACAUCGCCUCCCUGCCAGGGGCUGUUGCAACUGUCUCUCGUCUCUUCACUUCCCUGCUGGUCAUUGGCGCAGCUCUUGCCUGCGCUCUCUAA